UUUUUCCUCUGCUGCUGCUGUUGCUGCUGCUGUCGCCUAUGGCUUUGAAGGCGCUGCCCAGGCUGAGUCUGCUGGGGGGCUGGCGAAGAAUGGGGAACAGUACAUCUGCUACCACAGACUUCUCUAACACUGCCACUGCUAACCAGAUAGAGCAAACUAUCUCGGACAACUGUGUGGUGAUCUUCUCGAAAACCACAUGCUCCUACUGCAACAUGGCAAAGAAGCUGUUUGAAGAUAUGAAUGUGAACUACACAGCCAUCGAACUGGACAUGUACGAGAACGGAAGCCAGUUUCAAGAUAUUCUUCAUCGAAUGACUGGCGGCAGGACAGUUCCAAGAAUAUUUAUCAAUGGAACAUUUGUCGGAGGUGCUACAGACACACAGAGACUUCAUCGGGAAGGCAAACUGCUCCCAUUAGUUCACCAGUGUCUCUUGCGAAGAGGGCGAAACUCAGAGCAGCCAUGUAGUCUUCCUUGAUUCCCUUGCUUCCGACACAGUUGUG